UAUGGAAGCUCAGCAGCAGAAGAAGAAGAAGAAGAAGAAGACCAAACACCAUCCCAGACCAAGACCAAGCAAGAUGUCUGACGGGGAGCGGGCGGCCCACCAUGCCUGUGAGACCGUGGGCUGCGGGGCUGAGGCCAGACUACAAUGCCCGACCUGCAUCAAGCUGGGCAUUCAGGGAUCAUUUUUCUGCACGCAGAGCUGUUUCAAGAGUUCCUGGGAAACACACAAACAGCUCCACAAAAAGACAAGAUCAAGUGAGUCCAACCUCUCGCAGUACAAUCCAUGGCCAUAUUUCAUGUUUACUGGUAGUUUACGACCAUAUCCACAAAGUAGCAAGAGGGAAGUGCCUUUGUCUAUAGGCCGGCCAGACUAUGCCGAUGACCCCCACGGGAUACCCCACUCUGAGCAAAAAGUUCGGUCGUCGUCCAACAUCAAGUGCCUUUCUGAUGAAGAGAUUGAAGGAAUGAAGGUGGCAUGUAAGUUGGCCCGAGAAGUGUUGGAUGAGGGCGUGAAGGUGGCGGCCGUUGGUGUGACCACGGACGAAAUAGACCGUGUGGUUCACGAGGCUGCCGUGGAGAGGGAGUGCUACCCUUCACCCCUCAACUACCAUGGCUUUCCCAAGUCCUGUUGUACCUCCAUCAAUGAGGUGAUAUGUCAUGGUAUUCCUGAUAUGAGGCCAUUGCAGAAUGGAGACAUUUGCAACAUUGAUGUUACUGUGUACCAUCACGGCUUCCAUGGAGACCUGAACGAGACACUGUGUAUAGGGGAGGUUAGCAGCACGGCCAGAAAUCUUGUUAAGACUACCUGGGAGUGUCUUCAAAAGUCUAUUGAAAUAGUCAAGCCUGGUGUGAAGUACCGUGACGUUGGCGCUGUGAUACAGAAGCACGCCCAGUCCCAAGGAUACUCUGUGGUGCGCUCCUACUGUGGCCACGGCAUACACCAGCUGUUCCACACGGCUCCCUCUGUGCCUCAUUAUGCAAAAAAUAAAGCUGUGGGUAUCAUGAAGCCAGGACACACCUUCACAAUUGAACCUAUGAUAUCAGAAGGCACGUGGAAGGAUGAGCAGUGGCCAGACAACUGGACGGCAGUGACGGCCGAUGGAAAGCUCUCGGCCCAGUUUGAAGAGACGCUCCUGGUGACGGAGACGGGCGUGGAGAUCCUGACUUGCCGCACCGAAAAGAACGGACAGCCUUACUUUACGGAUUGAGGUGAGGCGAAGGUUAGGCCACACUUUACACAUGCUAUCACUAUCAGUAACGGAUCGUUCACUGGCUGUUAACUGCGUCGCUGAAGCUGUAUAAAUUGUAUAAAAAUUAAGCUGCAAAUUUUGAGGACCUGAGUGUUGUUGUUGCUCAGCCAUUGUGUGCUUGAAAGUUUUCUGGAUUUAUUUAAUUAACUGCGACUGACAUUGGGUAUUUAUGCACCUUAGAUAUAAACAUUGCAGACACUGACUGUUUAUAUUUUGUAUCCAAAGUGCCACCAGGUAUAUGAUAGGCCAGCAGUAGUACAGGCAUUGAACCUCUUCUUAUUUACAUAUAUACUUGAUAAAGUAAAACCAGUCGUUAUUUUCCUCUUUGUAUUAUUUGAUAAAGUAAGACCAGUAACUUGCCAUAUUUAUUAAUGCUGCUCAUUGUUAGAGGUCUUUUCUAUUUGUUAUUUGUUAUUGGUAGUCGUGAGGAAUCACGUUUCUAUAACAUUUCAGGAAAUGGAGCAGUGAUUUUUAUCAUUGCUGACCAUAUUAAAGAUUGUAAAUUAUA